GCUACACGCGCGCACCCUCACACACGUACACUACUAUACGCGUAUAAGCGCGCACACACUUACACCCACGUACACAACACGUACACACCACGUACACCGGACGUUCGUUGUGUUGCGUACGCGGUCGGUGCGUGUGCUAGUCGUCGGCGCACCAGUGUGCUGCAGGGGAUGACCCGGAAUCACCACUCGUCAGUGUCAGCCACGUCUCGAACGCGCGACAAUCGCGUGCGAUAAUAAUAUUGCGACGAUUGCCGUUAAUAGGAACGUAGGUCGUACAACGUCGCAAUCCUACACGGUGCGAAUACCGCACGCCGGCGUGUCUCUGGAGGCCAGCUCAACGCGCGCGCCGCCGAAUGCGCUUCAGCAGCAGCUGCGGGACGGCCGCCCGCGCGACGGCUGCCGCGACGCUGCCGCGGCCGCUAUCUAUUGCCGCGGUCGGCCGCCUUUAGGACGACUUUGCGAGCGGCGGACACCGACGGAGACGCCGCCGACAACGACAAAGACGUUGGUAAAAACAACGACAUCGGUGAAGAUAACGAUAACAGUACGAAUCGAACGUGCCGCCGCCACAUCUGAACAACUCGAUAACCGCCGUCCGGGACCUGCGGCUGCGGCGGCCGUUGCCGCUGCGUCUGCACCGGCACUCGCGGCAUUGCCUGAAAGCUCGCACCUGUCUGCGCCGUAUACAGCCCGGCUGUCGGCCAUGGGAACCGUGCUCAGUAUCAGCCCCAAAGACCGAAAGUCCGUGUACCCGGCCAUGGCAAGCAGCGCCAGCGCGGCCGAGUUCACGCUCAGCAGUUUCACAUACGAGCAGUUGACCAAGCGCAGGCACGCCGACGUCAUGGCCGGCCGUAGCAUAUCCAUGAUGCUGCCGGCCAAUAUAAACAUAAACACCAUCAACAACAACAUUAUCAACAACAACAACAACAACAACCACAACAGUCACCACCACAAUAACAACAAUUCGGAGAACAACUGUAAAACGACAGGUGGUGAACCGCAGCAGCAGAGGGGUGCACUAGAAAAAAGCUUGAAAAAACAUUCGGCCUUGAUCAAUGCGCUCAGCUGGAAGCGGUUCAGCACGUCGCAAAACAAAAAGAAGUUGGACAAUAAUGGCACGGUCGGAGGUGGCGGUGUCAAGUCCAAGCAACUUUUAGGUGGUMGACAACCGUUGGUGGACACCAACGCCAACGUCGACUGUGGUGGCCGGUCUAAUGGCGUUCGACGCUCGUUCACCACGACCGGACUGGACGUGGCCAACAAUAACAGUGGCUGUGGUGACAAACUUAUACCCAGGGCCACGCUUGUGCCGUCACACACGUGUCACAACCUCGUGCCACGGAAGACCAUYAUACAGGCAAGCACGUCCGAGCUGCUCAAGUGCCUGGGCAUAUACUUGCACCACAAGUGCUACAAGCUCAACGAUUUCCAGGCCGGCGACGCGGUCAUGUGGUUAAGGACGGUGGACAGGAGUCUGCUAAUACAGGGAUGGCAGGACGUGCCGUUCAUAAACCCGGCAAACGUGGUGUUCGUGUACAUGCUGGUCCGAGAGCUAGUCGACGAGCGCGUGGCCACGGAACCGGAACUCCAAGCCGUCGUACUCACGUGCUUGUACUUGGCGUACUCGUACAUGGGCAACGAGAUAUCGUACCCACUGAAACCUUUCCUGGUCGAGGAUAGCCGGGACGCGUUCUGGGACCGGUGCCUGGGCAUCGUCCGCGCCAUGUCAGCCAAGAUGUUGCGCAUCAACGCCGAGCCCGCGUACUUCACGGAGAUCUUCAGCGAGCUCAAGGCGUGCGGCACGCUCAACGCGGUGUUGCAGACGGCGUGAUGAGCCAUUCAUCUGUAACCACCGCGAAACAUUAUAUUAUGUAGCACAAACCGAGUCGUCGCCGCCGUCAUCACCACCGUCACCAUCACCGKCAUCACCGCUGGGCCAGCAGYAGCUGUAACACCAAUGGCAACGGUAACGCGCGUCGCUAUUAAUAUUUAUCAAUGUUGCGUAUUAUAAUUAUACCGUCGAUCGUCCAAACCAUKAUGUUAUUAAUGUAUAUUAUAAUAUUAUAUGUUAUGUGUAUUGGAACAUUUGGAACAUGUCUUCCUACAGUGUCUACCGCGUUGUAUUACUAUUACUAUUAUUAUUAUUAUUAUUGUAUGCCACCGCGUACCCCUCCCCCCCCCUUCCGGCGUCCGCAACCCUUUGCGAAAAGCGUGACACGCAUAAAGUUUGUCUCAAAAACUGGUCUACUGACGUGUUGUGGAACAGACGCGUCUGGCGGUUUUAAUUUCCGUGUCUGGUGUUAGUUGGAACGGCACAUUAUUCUAUUGCGCGUACUUUCACCCCUAUAGUUCUGUGAUAGCGAGCGACCACGUGUUGGAGGUUAUUUGAGCACACGUCUUAUCGUGUACCUACUUUCGGAUAAUAUUAUAUCAUAAGCCAGCGCGUUUGUGUAUCGAAUUAACGUUUUAUACAUCAACAAAAUUAUACGCCAUUUUUGUCCCACGCGAAACACAAUUUAUGUAUAUACAUAUAAUGUUAUCAUAUUCGAAAAGUAUGCGGUGAAUUUACUGCUCGAUUAUACGUCAUAAUAUAUUAAUAUAACGUAUUGCGAUCACAAUAGUGAUAUUGUAAUAUUAUAAAGGUACAAAAGUAUUUUGAUUCUGCUCAAGCAGAUCUGACGCGGUAGGUACCUAUAUCCGUAUACGAAAUCGAGAAGAAAUACCGCUGGACGUAAAACAUUAUUUAUUAUUAUUGUAAAUAUAUUAUAUAUAGACACAUGCGCAGGCGCAAGGGUUUCACCUAGCGUUUGUGCGCACCCGUCCACCCGUACCACCCRUCAUGUCCGUCCAUGUUCUCGAAUCGAUAAAUUCCACUGCCCGGGGUGCGCUUACCCGCAGAGAAUUUCCAUGGAUAUGUUUUAUCUGAGGGCGGAGUGGAAGCUUUUUUUCCAUCGUACCAUUACAAAAUCGUGCUGUUCGUUUACAGAAACCGAGAAACGUGCAUAAACGUAUUUUUCUCCGUACCUAUCUAUCUCGUUGGCGUUGGAUAGAAUUCGGUGACACUUCUCUUAAUGAAAUCUAUAGACUACUUCUUCGUGACUAUCAGCAUAUAGGCGUGGUUUAAGACGGAAUGGAUAUUCGUGUUGGAUACUACAAAAUACCCUGGAACUUCGAAAUGCACUCAAAAUGUUAAAACAUUCAYAGGCAUCGAAGUUUAAAUCGAAUCUUUUCAACAAAAAUAAUAUAGGGCUGGAAACGUUUUACAUAAGGUCGGUCGCGUGCGCCAUGUCAGGUUUUUCCGUGUCCCGACCCUAAAAAAUAAGGGUCGUCUAGAGGAUAAGGUGAAGUAAUUUGUUUCGUUUUACAUGCCCGUAGGGUAGCGCUGUACAYGAAUAUUCAGAAUAAUAAUUACCUAUACAGAGAGAUCUGUCGUUUUGCCUAAGUUUCUACCGUCACGCAGCGCCUGCCAUCACUGAAAUCCAUGUAUAACAUAUACCUUUUGGUUUCAAUUCUCGGAACCUUAAAAAAAAUAUA